UAUAUAAUUCCACCAGAAAAAACUAAUCCAACUCUCCAUUUUGGUCAGCAAAUUUCUUCAAUAAACUCUCUUCUAGGCCUAGGCGCGACGACUUUUCUCAAACUUGAAGUUCCUACCUUUAUUCUGUCUUCGCUUCCAAGGGGAGUUUGAUGGGCAAAUUCAUUUGAGCUGAAUUCCAGCAAGUUGGAGACGAAUCCUAAAAUGGGUUGUGGGAAUUUGUUCUUCUUGGUUCUGGUAACCUUCUCGGUAGCUCUAAUUACUUACAACAUCAUUCUCUCUGCUAAUGCCCCUCUCAAGCAAGAACUUCCUGGUCCAUCAAGAUCUUCAUCUUCCAUUACUGUGGACCCUGUGAUUAAGAUGCCCCUGGAUAGAUCAGAAACUUCUUCCUCCAAACGACUCUUCCAUACGGCAGUUACUGCGUCGGAUUCGGUGUACAAUACUUGGCAGUGUCGGAUCAUGUACUACUGGUUCAAGAAGUUCAAGGACGGACCUAAUUCUGAAAUGGGUGGCUUCACCAGGAUCUUGCAUUCAGGGAAGCCCGACAAGUAUAUGGAUGAGAUCCCCACCUUCGUUGCUCAGCCUCUGCCAGCGGGAAUGGAUCGGGGCUACAUUGUCCUCAACAGACCGUGGGCAUUUGUGCAAUGGCUUCAACAAGCGGACAUCAAGGAAGAUUAUAUACUCAUGUCAGAGCCGGAUCAUAUUAUUGUCAAGCCUAUACCAAAUUUGUCUAAGGAUGGGCUUGGGGCAGCGUUUCCAUUCUUUUACAUCGAACCCAAGAAGUAUGAGAGCCAACUACGGAAGUUCUUUCCUGAGGACAAGGGUCCUAUUACCAACAUUGAUCCAAUAGGGAAUUCACCUGUUAUUGUUGGAAAGGAGUCUCUCAAGAAAAUUGCUCCCACUUGGAUGAAUGUUUCUUUGGCAAUGAAAAAGGAUCCUGAGACAGAUAAGGCUUUUGGUUGGGUUCUUGAAAUGUAUGCUUAUGCUGUCGCUUCUGCUCUACAUGAUGUUGGUAACAUCUUGUAUAAGGACUUCAUGAUUCAGCCCCCAUGGGACACAGAAGUGGGCAAGAAGUUCAUAAUCCAUUACACUUACGGUUGUGACUAUGAUAUGAAGGGAAAACUGACUUACGGUAAGAUUGGAGAAUGGAGGUUUGACAAGAGAUCAUAUGAUAAUGUUGUUCCUCCCAGGAACCUUCCCCUACCACCACCCGGCGUCCCUGAAAGCGUGGUGACACUAGUGAAAAUGGUUAAUGAAGCCACAGCAAACAUUCCUAAUUGGGGAUCUUAAGAAAGUCUGUUACGUGUACUUUUGAAAGGCGUGGAGACCGGUACUUAAUUUAAUUCUUACACAAUAUAAUUACCUUUUUGAAUAUGUAUUGAUUAGCUUGUAUCUGAUUGGCAAAGGCAUGGGCAAAUGUAUUAAAUGUGUAAAACGUUGUUUCGUUUUAAGAUAAAAAUAAAUAGCUAGCGUUCUCUUCAAUCAUCUCAUGUAUAUUAGAAAGCUAACACCUAUGUCAAUACAUCACGAACGUUGAAUAUUUGUUCCAAA